AUGGCAAAAGGAGAAGUUCAAAUUCACAAACUGGCCCCAAGAGAUCGCGAUGUGUCAAAAAAACCAAACAUCAUUAACAAGUACAGUCGUACAAUUACUCAAACGCCAUCUGCUGGUGCAGGCCAAGCUCAAUUGUACGCCACCGGACUUUCUGAUGAAGAUAUGAACAAGGCCCAAGUUGGUAUCACUUCUUUUGGCUAUGAUGGUAAUCCAUGCAACAAUCAUAUUGACGCUUUGGCCCGCAAAGUUCGCGAUGGUGUUUGGGAAGCUGGAUUAGUAGGCUAUCAGUUCAAUACCAUCGGCGUUAGUGAUGCUAUUCCAAUGGGUACUGCUGGUAUGUCCUUCUCUUUGCCCUCCAGAGAUGUUAUCGCUGAUUCAAUCGAAACGGUAAUGAGCGCCUUAUGGUAUGAUGCAAAUAUCUCUCUGCCUGGAUGCGACAAGAAUAUGCCUGGUGCAGUCAUGGCAAUUGCCCGCUUAAACCGUCCUUCAUUGGUGAUCUAUGGCGGUACCAUGAAGAAGGGGCACGGAACUGUUGGAUCUUGCAAGGGCAGAGAAAUAGACAUUGGCAAUGCAUUGGAAUGCAAUGGAGAGUUCAAUAGCGGCAAGAUUACCGAGGAAGAAAGAAAAGAUAUUAUUCGAAAUGCUUGCCCUGGUAGUGGUAGUUGCGGUGGCAUGUUUACUGCCAAUACUAUGUCUAGUGCCAUCGAAGCUCUUGGUUUAUCCCUACCUUAUUCAAGCAGUAUCCCCGCUGAGAGUCCAUUAAAGGUUCAAGAGUGUCUCCGGGCUGGCAAAGCCAUUCGUCUUCUCUUGGAAAGAGACAUCAAACCCAAGGAUAUCUUGACUCGCAAAGCCUUUGAAAAUGCAUUUGUUACCAUCAUGGUGUUAGGCGGAUCUACCAAUGCUGUCCUUCACAUGCUUGCCAUGGCCAAGGCUGCUGAUGUCGAUUUUACUAUUGAUGAUGUCCAAACUAUCUCUAGUAAGACUCCCUUCUUGGCUGAUUUGAGACCAAGUGGUAAAUAUGUCAUGGAAGACUUGCAUGAUAUCGGCGGCGUUCCAGGCGUAUUGAAAUACCUUCUACAAAAGGGCAUGCUCCAUGGAGAUUGCUUAACUGUAACAGGAAAGACUUUGGCCGAAAACUUGGCUGAAGUUGACGAUCUUGCCGAGGGUCAACAGAUUAUUCGCCCUAUUGAGAAUCCCAUCAAGCCUACCGGGCAUUUAACCAUUUUGCGAGGAAAUUUAGCACCUGAGGGGGCAGUUGCUAAGAUCACUGGUAAAGAAGGCUUGGAAUUCACGGGUAUCGCAAGAGUAUUUGACGAAGAAGACGAAAUUUUCGCUGCAUUGGAGCGAAAUGAUAUUCCCAAGGGAUCUGUUGUGGUGGUCAGAUACCAAGGCCCUAAGGGAGGUCCUGUGAAGCCAACUGCUGCAAUUAUGGGCGCAGGAUUGGGUAAAGAUGUUGCCCUGAUUACUGAUGGUCGUUUCUCUGGUGCCUCUCAUGGUUUUAUCAUUGGCCAUGUUACUCCCGAGGCAUUUGACGGAGGACCCAUUGCUCUUGUUCAUAACGAUGACAAGAUCACUAUUGAUGCGAAUACCAGACAAAUGACAUUGCACAUCCCCGAUGAAGAGCUUGCCGAGCGCAAGAAGAACUGGCAACCAAAACCCCCCAAAUACACGAAGGGCGUUUUAGCAAAGUAUAUCAAAACUGUCAAGAGCGCAAGUGAGGGGGCAGUUACAGACGAAUACUAA